AAGUUGUAGUCUUUCAAUUUCCUGAGUAAACACAAAAGGCUGAGUCAUCAAACUCAUCUUCAAUAAUUAAUGAUUUUGAAGAUAAGAGGAGAGACGCGGAGGAGUCAUAGAAAGAGAAACGCUGUGUAAUUAAGGACCUAAAGCUUUACAAUAGUCUUGGAGAUUUGCAGAGAGACAGAGAUUACAGGAAAACUUGAACGUGUGGUGUUACGCAUAUACUCAUCUCAAGCCACCAAUCGAUCUGUUUAACUCUUUUUUUAACAGACUCUCCCAAAAUCCCAGCUUCCAAGAAUAUAAAAACAAGAACCAUUCUUUACCAUUAAAUUUUAUAUAUAUAUAUAUAUAUAUAUAAAGAUUUGCAAGAACCUGAAGGACAGAAAAGUAAUGGAGAGAAAGGAGAAUGGAACAGUGAAUGAAGUGGAAACUCCCAAAAACAUAACCAUAAAAGGCAUCCUAAGUUUGUUGAUGGAAAAUAUUGAUGAGAAAGCUGGUAGGAGUGUAAUUUCACUUGGUAUAGGUGACCCUACUGCUUAUUCUUGUUUUCACACUACACCUGUUGCUCAGGAAGCUGUUGUAAAUGCUCUUCAGUGUGAUAAGUUCAAUGGUUAUGCUCCUACUGUUGGCCUUCCUCAAACUAGAAGGGCAAUUUCUGAUUACCUAUCUCGUGAUCUUCCUUAUAAGUUAUCAUCUGAUGAUGUUUUUGUUACAUCUGGCUGCACGCAAGCAAUUGAUGUUGCUUUGGCAAUGCUUUCUCGCCCUGGAGCAAAUAUUUUGCUUCCUAGGCCAUGUUUCCCAAUUUAUGAACUUUGUGCUGCAUUUAGGGGGCUUGAAGUUCGGCACAUUGAUCUUCUCCCAGAGAAAGGUUGGGAGGUUGAUCUUGAUGCUGUUGAAAUGCUUGCAGAUCAGAACACUGUUGCAUUGGUAAUCAUAAACCCCGGGAAUCCUUGUGGGAAUGUAUACUCUUAUCGACAUCUAAAAGAGAUUGCAGAAACUGCUGAAAAGCUUAAAAUUCUUGUUAUCGCCGAUGAAGUUUAUGGACACCUUGCUAUUGGGAAUAAUCCAUUCGUGCCAAUGGGAGUUUUCGGAUCCAUUGUUCCUAUUCUUACACUUGGUUCUCUGUCAAAGAGAUGGAUAGUGCCUGGAUGGAGGCUUGGUUGGUUUGUGACGACUGAUCCAUCCGGCAUCCUAAGGAAACCCAAGUUUGUUGAGCGUAUCAAGAAGUACUUUGACAUUUUAGGAGGACCUGCAACUUUCAUUCAGGCAGCAGUGCCUUGCAUUCUCGAGCAAACUGAUGAAAACUUUUUCAAGGAAACCAUCAAUAUAUUGAAGCAUGCAUCAGAGAUUUGUUGUGAUAGGAUAAAGGAGAUCCCCUGCAUCACUUGUCCCGGCAAGCCACAAGGUUCCAUGGCUGUUAUGAUGAAAUUGAAUCUUUCGCUAUUAGAUGAUAUCUCUGAUGAUAUUGAUUUCUGCUUCAAAUUGGCCAAAGAGGAAUCAGUUAUCAUUCUUCCAGGAACUGCAGUGGGGCUGAAGAAUUGGCUGCGCAUAACUUUCGCUGUUGAUCCGGCAUCCCUUGAAGAAGCUCUAGGGAGGGUAAAAGCUUUCUGUCAAAGGCACAUCAAGUGUAGAUACUAACUCACUACAUAAUCAAAAUUUAGCAAUUGGCCAGGGCGCGAUAUCAGUAAUCUUCUCAUGACGGAUAUUCUACCUUAUCUCGAAGAUCAUAUCUAAUGGCCAUAUUGUUAGAUAUCUACAUAGAAAUAGGCCUGGAAGCAUCAGUCUCACAUGGAUAUAGAAAAGAGUAUAGCUAUAUGAGUACACCACCAUAAAAUUUAGUACUUAAACUGCAGUAGAAUUGUAUACAUACCCAGUAUAAUUAUGGAAUAAUGAUUUGACAAUAAUGCUCCUUUUUCUUUUC